UUUAUAAAAUAUUGUAAGAUAAUUUUACAUUUCCUGUUUAAUAACCAAAAACUUCCUUUUUGUAUCGUGGGCUUUGCGUAUAUGGGUUUGUAAGAUUGUUCAGCAAUGCAAAUAUUCGUAAAAACCCUUACGGGUAAGACCAUCACUCUUGAGGUUGAGCCUUCGGAUACUAUUGAACAUGUUAAGGCCAAAAUUCAAGAUAAGGAAGGAAUUCCGCCUGAUCAACAGCGUCUAAUUUUUGCCGGAAAGCAAUUGGAAGAUGGUCGCACAUUGGCUGACUAUAAUAUUCAGAAAGAGUCUACAUUGCAUUUAGUACUUCGUCUUAGAGGUGGCGCAAAGAAACGUAAGAAGAAGAACUACUCGACUCCGAAAAAAAUUAAACACAAAAGAAAGAAGGUUAAGUUAGCAGUUUUAAAAUAUUACAAGGUCGAUGAAAACGGAAAAAUACAUCGCCUACGUCGAGAAUGCCCGGGUGAGAACUGUGGAGCUGGUGUUUUCAUGGCAGCUCAUGAAGAUCGUCAUUACUGCGGAAAAUGCCAAUUAACAUUCGUAUUUUCUAAACCAGAAGAUAAAUAAACAUUUCUAUCAAGUUUGUUCAAACAAUAUACAAGAAA